AUGACAUGGAUGAUACAAUAUGGCUUCGGAAAACACAUCUACGUGCAGCCCCCGACAGAUAUCCCCAAAGCCGUGCAAGUCUUUCUGAAGUCGCUCUUCAUUGCUGAAAUCUGCUACACUGGCACAAUCGCCUUUGCCAAGUACUCCAUCCUCUUAUUCUAUUGGCGCCUAUUCCACAUGAACACCUUUGUUCGCUGGUCGGUCAUUGUGCUCGCCGGAAUAGUCACAAUGUGGUGUACUGCCGUGUGUCGACCUCUAAGAGGAUUCUGGGACAAGACUGUACCCGCGCAAUGCACAGUCGACUCUUACAAGUUUUUCUACGGCAACUCGGUGCCCAAUAUCAUCACCGAUGCGCUUCUCAUCGCUGCACCGCUGCCUGCAAUAUGGACUUUGCACUUGCAGCUGAAACAAAAGAUUUCGUUGUCUGUCAUCUUCUGCCUGGGGUUCUUGUAA